GUCAAUAUUAAUUCUAGAUAAUCGAUUAACGGAGCCCCGACUUACGGCAAACAUGAGCAAUUGAUUCUUGGAAGGCAUUGCGGAUAUCCUUCCUGAUUGCUCGUCAUUUUUGUCAUCGUUUAACCAACCAGUGAGCACAAAAAGGAUUUGUUUAUUCAAAGUUCAUUUUUUGCGAACCAUGGAAGCGCUACAUCACUGAACAAAGUUAAUCACGUGACCACAUGUUUCAGUAACGUGCAAAAACAUAUCCAAUACAAAAAAAUAUGGAACAUACCGAACGUGAAAUGAAGUCAGUACAGCACUGGAACAGCUAUGGUGAUAUACUGAGCAAUAUUUUGAUUCCUGACAUAGCCGGUAUCUACACAGUUUGUGUGGUGUUUAGGAAGUUAGUAACAAACUUUUCAUAUGUGAAAACCUUCUUAAAUGUACCGUACGUAAUAAUAGAGUUAGAAGACAUUGGUCAACACAACUCAACAGCUAGCUCGAUGCUGGCGGGAAUCGAAUCCGGAUGCAACAGUUUUUUGGUACAACAACACGCGGUACUGGAUUUCCUAGACAUCUACACGAAAAUUCACGACGAAGCUGGAUAUAGGAAUCCCAAUAAAUAUUUGAUGUUUCUCAUGGAAGACGCCUCUUCGGCAAAUUUACUGGAGUCCAUACGAGGCCAUUCAAGCAUGCAAGAAAUAAUGAAUCUGCUUAUAUUCCAGCCAUCUAAUGAUCCAUCAUCGAUAGAUCUGAUCACGCAUCGUUAUAUUGCUACCGAGAAAGGCAUUGAAUGGUACUUGGUGGAUCGAUUUCAUAUUGGAACAAGCUCCUUCGAAAUGGGAAACCAACUAUUUCCGGAUAAAACGUUUAAUUUGAUGGGAAAGCCAAUUCGCGUAGCAACUUUCAACAUCAAUCCACAUAUAUUUCUAAUAGAAUCUGAAAUAGGAACUCCGGUAGUUAUAAGUGGAAAUGAGAGUUAUUCGUUGAAUGGACCUAAUGGUAUUUUACUGAUGGAAUUUUGUCGAAGACGUAAUUGCACAAUUGACUUGGUUGUAGAUUCAGUUAAUAUGUGGGGUGUUAUAAAUCCGAAUAGAACAGGUAACGGAAUACUGGGCAAUGUUGUAGAGAGGCGUGCUGACCUUGGAAUCGGAGCGUUGAGCAGCUGGUAUCAUUGCUAUCAGUAUUUGGCCUUCUCAUUUGCUUAUGAAAGAGGUGGUGUUACUUGUGUUGUUCCUAAGCCGAAGCAACUCCCGCGUUGGAAAGAAGUUGCAAUGGGUUUCACGACUUCAGUCUACAUGACCAUAUUUGUAACCUUUUGCUGUACAGUGGUCGUUUACAUGUUAAUAGUACGUCUUACGAUACAAGAGCCGUUAGAGAGAACUUUUGCUUGGAAUGUUCUAAACGUGUUGGCCAUCUACCUUCUUCAAGCCACCAACAUCGUGCGUAGUCGUUCUGUAUCCGAAACUUUGCUAUCCGUAGCCGUGUUAAUCUUCAGUAUGAACUUAGCUACUAUCUACUUGGGAAAGUAUGCAAGUCUGCGAACGAUUCCGAUGUAUGAACCAGCUAUCGAUACCAAAGAGGAGUUGGCUAAAAGCGGAAUCACAUGGAUGCAAGCACAUGAAGCAUGGUCAUACUCUUUGCGUUUAUCGGACAAUCCUACAGAAGUGAGUCUUUGUUCCAACUUUAAAGUUGACGUGCCUCCAAUGCUCGCCCAGAUAGCCGACCAAGGAAAUUCGGCAUUUGCCUUGGCUCGGUUACACAACGGACACCUAAUGCUGGGAGAUUGGAUCAAUGCUGGCAACAUUCACAAGUAUCAGCUGAUGCAAAAUGAUCUGUAUUACGAGCAUGAGGUAGCAAUGGCUACCAAAACAUGGCCGUUGAUGGAACGAUUCAAUGAGUUACUAGGACAGGCAUCCGAUGCGUCACUACUGUUGCUUCAGGAAUAUCAGAACAUUUUCCAGUACAAUGACUACUACGUACAAAUGGUUGCGUUGAACUCGCAUGUACGCCAGCCAAAUGAACCAAAACCGCUGGCAAUGGAGGACGUGAUGGGAGGUUUCAUCAUCCUAGGCUCUGGGUUGCUCUGUGCUAGUGUGAAUUUUAUGAUAGAAGUCUGGAUAUUGUGUCCAAGAAAAACUAAACAAGUCAAUGAUGUUGAAUAAAAAGAAAGAUAAAAUUAA